AUGGGCAAGCGGGAGGAAGAGGAGAUCAUUCGAAUCGCCAAGAAAAUGGACAAAAUGGCGCAGAAGAAAAACGGGUCGGGUGCUUUGGACUUGCUAAAGGAGCUACGCAGCGUCCCUAUGACCCUGGAGCUGCUCCAGUCGACCAGAAUUGGGAUGUCCGUCAAUGCAAUCCGAAAGCAGAGCACAGAUGAGGAGGUGACAUCCUUAGCCAAGUCUUUAAUCAAAUCGUGGAAAAAGCUUUUGGAUGAACCUGCAAGUGGGGAUAAACCCUCAGAAGACAAGAGGAAAGAAACUGCUCCUGCAUCUCCCUCGCAGGGAAGUCCUGAGGCAAAAGAAGAAAGUAGCUCCAGCAGCAACUCCAGCGGCAAGAGCGAGAAUGCUGACGUAUCCGCCAACUCUCUAAUCAACACUUUCCCUCGCGCUCCCGUCACCUCUGACUCCAUACGGAUUAAAUGCAGAGAGAUGUUGUCCAACGCUCUCCAAGCCGGAGAGGACUACAUCGCCAUCGGUGCCGACUGCGACGAGCUCGGAGCUCAGAUUGAGGAAUAUAUCCUUCUCCAGUUCAAGAACACGGACAUGAAGUACAAGAACCGCGUGCGCAGCCGUAUCUCCAACCUAAAGGACAUGAAAAAUCCCAAUUUGAGGAGGACAGUGCUCUGCGGGAGCGUCACUCCCGAGCGCAUGGCCAAGAUGACCGCAGAGGAAAUGGCCAGUGACGAAUUGAAAGAAAUGAGGAAGAACUUGACCAAAGAGGCUGUCAGAGACCACCAGAUGGCCACUACAGGGGGCACGCAGACAGAUUUGUUUACCUGUGGCAAGUGCAAGGGCAAAUCCUGCACCUACACACAGGUCCAAACUCGCAGUGCUGAUGAACCCAUGACCACGUUUGUCUUCUGCAAUCAAUGCGGAAAUAGAUGGAAGUUCUGUUGA